AUGGAUUCUAACCCAGAUGGUGGUGUUUCAUUAGAUAUCCUCGACAUGGAAGAUAAAUUGGCUAGAAUUAAAACUCAAACCACUUCCAAGUUAGAAAACCAAAGACAGUUAGCCCUUAUAUUGAGUGCAGUUGAAGAAAAUUUGGAAGAACAGAAAAGAGAUAAAAGUCCUGUUGCAUAUUUCGUUUCAUUUUUAUCAUUAUUAGAUCAAAAUAUCAAAGAUGAUGAUAUUCUUGAUCAAGGAUUAGUCACAGCAGCGGUUUACUUUUUAGAUAUCGUUAUACCAUAUUGUCCUAAACCACUUUUAGUUUCAAAAUUCGGUGAAAUUUUAGCUAAAUUAGCCAUUCCUUUAACUAGUGAAACUGCUGAAGCACCUCUCGUUAGGUCUACUAUUGGUAGUUUAGAAAAUUUAUUAUUAGCACAAGAUUAUCAAACAUGGAAUUCAAAUGAUAGUAUUUCACCUAAAAGAGCUAUGGCAGGUUUAUUAGAAUUAGCUUUAGAUCCAAGACCAAAAGUUAGAAAAGGAGCCCAAGAAGCUGUUUUAAAUAUUUUGAUGAACCCUCCAACUUCACCUAAUCCAAUACAUCCAGCAUCUUCAUUGAGUGGUAGUUUAUCAUUAGAGAAAUUAGUUAAUAUCAUGAAAUUAAAUAAAUCAUCAAAGAAUAAUAAAGAAAUCAAUUCACAAAUAAUUCAUUGUUUACAAUUAAUUGGUUCCAUUACUUCAUCAGGAUCAUGGCCAUUAAAUCAAAUUGAACCAUUGUGUGAUGCAUUGUUAGAAAUUUCCAAAACCAAUGAUCAAUUCUUAGUUUCUUCUGCUUUCAAAGCUUUUGAAGGAUUAUUCCAAUCUAUGAGUAAUGUCAUUAACGUUGAUAGAUAUGUUCAAGUUUUGGAUAUUAUCUUUGAUUUAAAACCCUCAAUCAAUGACACCCAUUUAGCUGCUUCAUGGUUAGCAGUAGUAGCAAAAGCUUGCGAGGGAUUCGCUGGAUUGGAUGGAUUAUUAUAUAUUUCGAAAUUUGACUCAGUGAUCAGUAUUAUUAAAACUUACUUAUCAUCAGAUUCCAAAGACAUUUAUUCAUCAGCUUCAAAUUGUUUAAUAGCUAUUAUAUCAGCUAUUCCUGAUGAUUAUUUAUUACAACCAACUAAUGACAAUAAAAUUACUAAUGAAAUCUAUGAAAAAAUGGAUGAUGUAAUCACUUCAUUAUCUGAAUUGAUUGAAAACGAAUUAUUAACUAUCAAAUAUCAACAUGCUUUAAAAGAAAUUUUGGUAUUCGUCAAUGAAGCUAUCUUGAAAUUAAGAAGUAGAUCAAAUCCAGAUUUUUUGAAUGUUGUUGAAACCAUUGGUCAAUGGAGAACUAAUGAAUCUGAAGAUUUCUCUCAUAACAAAGAAGCUGAAGAUAUCUUAUCAUCAGCUAUUUCAGUAAUGGGUCCUGAAGUUGUAUUGGGAGUUUUACCUUUAAAUUUAUCAAGUACUACCAAACCUGGUAGAGCUUGGAUGUUACCAUUAUUAAGAGAUAAUGUUAGAUUUGCUAACUUAAACUUUUAUAAAUCAGAAAUUUUACCUUUGAUUGAAUUUUUCCAAACCAAAAUUUCAAAUUUGUCAAAAGGUUCCAUCCAUGGUAAGGUUUUCCAAACAAUCAUUGAUCAAAUUUGGUCACUUUUACCACACUUUUGUGAUUUACCUAAAGAUUUGAAACAAUCAUUCGAUGACAACUUUGCUGCUCAAUUAACUGAUUUAAUGUAUAGUAACGUUGAUUCAAGAGUUGUCAUUUGUCAUGCUUUGAGAUCUAUUGCUGAAUCUUAUAUUGCUUAUAGUGAUGGUGUCUUAGCUGAUGAUUUAUUAAUGCAAGAAGAAUUAUCCAUCGAAGUUGCCAAAGAUAAUUUGAAAUAUUUAUCAUUGAAAGCUGCUAAUAUUUUAUCAGUACUUUUCAACGUUUUCAGUUCAACCUCCCCUGAUAGUAGAGGAUUUGUUUUAGAAACUAUUGAUAUCUACUUACAAAUCAUUCCAAAAGAUGAAUUGGAAAAUACUUUCAAUAAAGUCUGUGGAUUAUUGAAAAAUGCUAUGGAAGAAGAAGAAAAUGAAAAACCAACUAAAGGUAAAAAAGAUGAAUCAUCCAAAUUGAGUGUGACUAUGAUGGAUUUAAUUGUUGCCAUGGCUAAAUACGUUCCACAAUCAUCUCAUAAUGCCCUUUUUUCAAUCUUUUCAACCACUAUUUCUAAUCCUAAUGGAUUAAUGCAAAAGAGAAGUUACAGAAUCUUAACCAAAUUAGGUGAAGUUGAAGUUGGUCAACAAUCUAUUGAUCAAUUCUCAAAUGAAAUCGUUGGUCUUUUAAUUUCUUCAAUUGAUUCAACACAAGUUUCAGCUAAAGCUACAAGAUUAUCUUCAAUUAACAAUAUGAUUGAUUUAUUACCUGCCAAUCAAUUAUAUUUCAUUCCUGCCGUUUUACAAGAAAUCAUCAUGUCUACUAAAGACACUAAUGAAAGAACUCGUUCAUUAUCAUAUCAAAUCUUGAUUAAAAUGGGUCAUAAGAUGAACGCUGGAGGAAUUAUCACUAAUUCUAAAGUCCCAGGUUUUGAUGAAAGUACCCCUGAUUCCGAAGCCAAUAUUGUUGAAUAUUUCACUAUGGUAAGUGGUGGUUUAGCAGCUCAAUCUCCUCAUAUGAUUUCUGCUGCUAUAACAGCUGUUUCUUGCUUGAUAUAUGAAUUUAAAGAUAUCUUACCUGUUGAUACUUUAGUUGAAUUAUGUCAAACUGUGGAAUUAUUCUUGACUCAUAAUUCAAGAGAAAUUGCCAAAGCUGCUAUUGGAUUUGUAAAGGUUGAAGUUUUAUCAUUACCAGAGGAUAUGAUCAAAGCUAAUUUACAAGAUUUAUUAACCAAAUUGAUGAGAUGGUCUCAUGAACAUAAAGGUCAUUUCAAAUCCAAAGUUAAACAUAUUGUUGAAAGAUUAAUAAGAAAAUAUGGUGUUGAAGAAGUUGAAAGAGCCAUUCCUGAAGAAGAUAGAAAAUUAGUUGCCAACAUCAAAAAGACCAGAAAUAGAGCUAAAAGAAAAGAAAAAGAAGCAACUGAAGAAGCCGAUAAACAAACCAAAAAAUUUGUUUCUGCUUAUGAAGAAGCUUUAUAUGACUCAGAUGUUUCAGAUGAUGAAGAUGAAAGAGAAGAAACCACCAACAACAAAAGAUCCGAUCAAUUCAUUAUGGAAUCAGGUGACAAUCCAUUGGAUUUAUUAGAUCGUGAAGCUUUUGCUAAGAUUUCUUCUUCAAGACCAAAAAAAUCUAAUAAGAGAGAUUUAUCUGAUAAAUUAGAGAAGAAGAAUGGUAAAUUUGUAUUCAGUGAAGAAAAAUCCGAUCCUUUAGCUAAUAAAGGUUCAGGUAUUGAUGCUUAUUUGGAUGCCGUUAAACAAGGUCCUAUGAGAGGUCAAAAGGGUAAAUUGAAAUUCAAACAAAACAAACAGAAUAAGGCUGAAGAUGACUGGUCUGAUUCAGAAGAUGAAAAACCAGCUAAAGUUGAUAGAUUCAAGAACAAAUCCAGAAUUUCAAAACCAAAACCAAAACAAAAGUUUAAAGCUAAAAGAAAGCUUUAA